CCAUCGGCAUUUCCAGCCAGCACCGCUCGUUAUAACCAUGUCCACCACGACCCCAGAGAACCCUCAGAAGACGCGCGAGAGAGAGGCACAGCUCCCCAAUAGCUCGUCCUUUCAGUCGUUGUCUGUGUCAGGAGAAACCACGAAUGAAGCACUGCAGUUCACAAUAUCAACCCGGUUUCUCCUGGCCUUUGCUUCCCUGGCAGUUCUAACCCUAAUGGUGGCCUUGGAUGGCACUUCGCUCAGCGUGGCAUUGCCUAUCAUCGCCCGUAAGCUGCAUGGGACUGCGAUCGAGGCCUUUUGGGCGGGUACGUCUUUCUUGCUGUGCUCGACGGUCUUUCAGCCUCACUAUGCGGCCUUCAGCCAUAUUUUCGGCCGCACUCCCCUCAUCAUGGUUGCGGUGAUAUUGUUCUUCGUCGGAGUUAUGCUAGCAGCCUUGGCGGAUAAUUUUACUCUCCUCCUUGUGGGAAGGUCUAUUCAAGGUGUCGGCGGCGGAGGAAUCCUAGCCUUAACCGAGAUCAUCAUCACGGAUCUGAUCCCCCUGCGCUGGAGAGGUCAGUGGCAGGGGAUUAUUGCGGCAAUGUGGUCCAUCGGAUCGGUUUCGGGUCCCGUUAUUGGAGGAGCCUUCGCCCAGGUUCAGUGGAGAUGGAUCUUCUGGAUCAACUUGCCCUUUAUCGGCAUAUCUGUCGUGAUGGUGCCGCUCUUCCUCCGUCUCAAUGUUGUUCCCUCUAGUAUUGCCUUGAAGCUUCGCCGCAUCGACUGGGUCGGGUCGACUCUGUUAGUCGCCAGCUUGGCAUCUUUCCUCAUCCCUCUCACCUGGGGCGGCAUCAUGUACUCAUGGUCAUCCUGGCGGACACUGGUACCCCUUAUUCUUGGAGCUGCAGGAGUCAUCGGCUUCGGUUUAUAUGAACGGUUUGUUGCUCCUGAGCCCGUUGUCCGGCUCACCGUCUUCUCCAAUCGAACGGCGAACAUCGCCUUUUUCACCACGACCGCGCAUGGUAUCAUCCUCUGGUGCCUGCUAUACUAUCAGCCACUGUACUACGAAGCAGUCAAGGGCUACAAACCCAUCAUAUCAGGUGUGGCAUUGUUCCCAAGCACCUUCACCGUGGCACCGUUUGCCAUGGCCACGGGAUUCCUCAUCACCUUGACCGGGGCGUAUCGCUGGACAAUCUGGCUAGGCUGGAUAGUAUCAACACUUGGCCUGGGCAUCCUCAUCCUCUUCAAAGUCACCACGACAAUUCCGCAGUUUAUCUUUAUCACCCUCGUCCCCGGCAUAGGUCUUGGCAUCUUAUUUCCGGGCGUGCAAUUCCAACUCCAAGCAGCAUCGAAACCCAAGGAUAUCGCAUUCGCAGUGUCCAUGUUCGUCUUCUUCCGCUCUCUCGGCCAAGCUGUCGGUGUCGCUAUCGGCGGCGUCAUCUUCCAGAACCAGAUGGUUACCAGGCUCAAAACGUACCCGCAGUAUGCUGCUCAGGCAACGGAGCUUGCUAAGGACGCUGCACAGCUCGUGGAAAUCAUCAAGCAGACGCCUGAUGGUGCUGACAAACUUGCUCUUCGUACUGCGUAUACGGACAGUCUUCGCACCGUAUAUAUUUUCCUGUGUGCACUUUCUGGUUUCUGUCUUGCUCUGUGUGUCCUUGUUAAGGCGUAUGACCUGAAUGUUGGUCUGGAGACGGAGCAUGGGUUGUUGGAUGGGAAGAAGUCGGUGGAGAAUAAGGCUGAAAGGGAUGAAGAGAAGGGAGUCGUCGGUCUUUGAAAUGGGUACAAGUGUCGUCUCGUUUAGGAUCUUGUUUAAUAGAAUAUAGUCGCUACUCUUAAUGACUACUGUCGUGAUAUCUACACGUGGCAUUGGUUUACUUAUUCCCGAAACUGCAUUUAUUUAACAGAUUUAAC